AGCUCCUGAGAAACAGAAUUGAUGGCUGGAUGCGCUGGGAGAAGGAGGUCUCUAAGGCUACGCACAAAAUCCUGGGAAACGGCAGACAAUUUAUUCGUGUCAAUUUCAAGUCUUGGUUUUGGUCUAGCGGCGACAAGAAGGAGCAGGAGAACCAGGCGAAUGGCCCCCUUGCUCCUGCUACUAGGGAGACACCCUCAGCAACCAUCGUCACGUCCCCAUUGACGCAACCGGAUGACCAUCAUCAAGAGAUGACAGAACACAAACACCACCCAUGGGUACUAAAUCCUAUUUAUGUGUCUCCCAACCCAUCAUUGUAUGAGGCAGAUUUCUGGGACUCGGCCGAUUCUGCACCCACGACAGAGCGCGAAAAGCGUCCGCCGCUACCACCACGGCCGUCUUCAACGGCUAUUGACGACGAGGAUACACCUCCACCUCUACCACCACGGCCGUCUUCUUCAGCUGUCGAUGAUGAGGCUCGGACUCCGACGCUAUCAGCUUGGCCUGGCCCACCAAGACCACCAAAGCUCCCGGUUUCUGAACCUCCCAGUCCGCCGGCCUCGCCUCCUGCUUCCUCCGGAGGAUCACGAGCAUCAGUCGAAUCAUCUCGGGGUAGCACGACUCUACAGGACCGACUUUCUCCAUCAAUGCCUGUAGAGCAGAAGCCUGCACCUCCGUCUACCUCUGGAUCACCUUCUCCUCCGGGGGAGUCCUCGGGCCCGUUCCCUGCAACCGCUUCAUCCCCUCCUCCAGAGCAGACAAUUGAGCCUCUGUCCACUCAACCUAUGUCCCCUGUAGGGGAGGCAUCUGACUGUUUAUCGGCAGCUGUUUCAACUUCGCGUCCAGAGUGGACGACUUUACCUUCGACUGCCCUUGAGCCUAUAUCACCUUCACGCGAGUCCUCGGACUCGUCCCCAGUAGCCCCUCCAUUGCUACCCUCAGAGCAAAGGACUAUGUCUCCGUCUACUUCUACAUAUCCUGCAAGAGAGCUCUCGACCCCUUCCUCACCAACCGUGUCAUCGCCGCCUCCAGAGCAAGCAUUUACUUCUGAACCUAUGUCUGCUCCAAGGCAGGCUUCGAAUUCUUCUCUCACGAUUGCACCCUUGUCUACUUCUCAACCCAUGUCUCCACCAAGAGAGCCCUCUGACUCGUCCCCAGCAGCAACUUCAUCACCCUCUUCAGAGCAGACGAGUGAGCCUCGAUCUGCCCCUCAAAUCAUGUCUUCCACCCCAAGCGAGUCGUGUAACUCUCCCCAACCAAGCACUCUAUCACCGACACCAGAUGAAACGAUCAAGCCUCCAUCUACCCCUCAACCUAUACCUUCUCCUCCAAGGGAAUCCUCGGACCCUUCCCCAAAAAACAUGUCAUCAUCAGUGGUGAUCGUGGUGUCAUCCCCAGAGGACCCAGAGCCUCCUACUUUUCGCAACAUCUCUGACGUGCGUGCCAUCUUUGCAAAUAAACCAAUCAUGGGACUUCCGCGCGGGUGA